AUGUCCAUCUCUUGGAGGAACCUUGCGGCAAGCAGUCCAAAUUACCGAGUUGAAGAGGCAUCUUCAAAUGGAGGAGUCGAGAUCCAGGAUGCUGGUGCUGUUAUUCAUGAAUUUCGUGGGGCGCUAGCUUUACAGCAGUAUGGUUCUUUCCCUCUUUUUCGGAUCGUCAAUCUGAACAAGGACAAUCAAAACACUGGUGUUCUUUGUCUCCCGGCUGAUUGCGUUUCUUGGAAAGUGCAGAAGCCUCGCAAAGUGAUUGGUGCAAACUCAGGUGUCAAGGCAUUCAAAACGACCGUGACCUUUCCGGCUGGAAAUGCGGAGGGAUACGACAAGAUUGUUGUUACGUUGCCAUUUCACGAUGAUGAAAGUCGCUCUGCUGUGGAGUUCUUUACAGAGGCUCUUGUCUUUGCUGGGACCAAUUCGCCCCGUUGA